AUGUUUGACGGCUCCCUCCUACCUCCUCUUUCAUUUCCUUUGCUGUUGCUGCUGUGGUUUGGGGGAUUGGACACAAGCGCAGCAGUUGGAGGCGUCACCGCUGCUGAGCUGGAAGUGGUGCUCCCUCAGCGGGUGCGUCCGGAGGACAUCCACCUGCUGCCACUGCCAACCGGGGAGGUGGGGGCCGGUGGCCAAGGUUCACCGCGGCGGCGGCGGCGGCAGCAGCCUCACUCAGCCGCCUCUGCAGAGCAGUCCUCCGGAUUGGGGAAGCGUGGCUUUCUCUUACACUUGCCGGCCUUCGGGCGGGACCUCUACUUGCAGCUGCGGCGGGACCUGCGCUUCCUUUCCCGGGGCUUCGUGGUUGAAGAGCACGGGGCAACAGGGAGUCGGAUCCCAGAGGCCGAGCUCUGCUUUUACACGGGUCACGUAUUGGGUUAUAACGACUCCUUUGCUUCAGUCAGCACCUGUGGUGGAUUGAUUGGGUAUAUCCAGAUUGGAAGAGAACAGAUGCUAAUCCAACCAGUAAAUAAUUCGCAGGGCUCAUUCAGUGGACGAGAACACUUGGUCAGGCGGAAAAGAUCCUCAAACUCUGGUGAUCCUGCUAAAUCAUGGAUAACUGAGGAACUCUGCAAAGUUAUAACAGAAAAGAAAGCAAAGAAGAGCAAAACCACUAGUGAUUGGAGAGAGCGAAGGAAUGCCAUCAGACUCACCAACGAGUAUACUGUGGAAACACUGGUUGUGGCUGAUGCUGAUAUGGUCCGAUAUCAUGGUGCUGAAGCUGCACAGAGAUUCAUCCUCACUGUGAUGAACAUGGUAUACAACAUGUUUCAACACCACAGCCUUGGAAUCAAAGUUAAUAUUCAAGUCACCAAGCUUGUACUUCUUCGAAACCGCCCUACUAAGUUGUCUAUAGGGCACCAUGGAGAAAGAUCCUUGGAGAGUUUCUGUCACUGGCAAAAUGAGGAAUACGGAGGAGCAAAGUAUCUUGGUAAUAACCAGGUUCCUGGUGGAAAGGAUGACACGCCCCCAGUGGAUGCUGCUGUUUUUGUUACUAGGACAGACUUCUGUGUACAUAAAGACGAACCAUGUGACACUGUGGGAAUUGCUUAUUUGGGAGGAGUAUGCAGUGCCAAGAGGAAAUGUGUGCUUGCAGAAGACAAUGGUCUCAAUCUGGCAUUCACAAUUGCUCAUGAGCUGGGCCACAACAUGGGAAUGAGCCAUGAUGAUGACCAUUUAUCCUGUGCGGGGAGAUCUCAUAUAAUGUCUGGAGAAUGGGUCAAAGGCAGAAACCCCAGUGACCUCUCAUGGUCUUCCUGCAGUCGAGAUGACCUUGAAAACUUCCUCAAGUCAAAAGUCAGCAUGUGUUUACUAGUAACAGAUCCCAGAAGUCAGUAUGCUGUACGACUUCCUCACAAACUCCCUGGCAUGCACUACAGUGCGGAGGAACAGUGCCAGAUCCUCUUUGGAACCAAUGCAACUUUCUGUAAGAACAUGGAGCAUUUGAUGUGUGCAGGGCUGUGGUGUCUUGUGGAAGGGGAUACAUCUUGCAAAACUAAGCUGGACCCUCCUCUGGAUGGCACUGAGUGUGGGGCAGAUAAGUGGUGCCGAGCUGGGGAGUGUGUCAGUAAAACUCCUAUCCCAGAGCAUGUGGAUGGAGACUGGAGUACAUGGAGCCCUUGGAGCAUGUGCAGUAGGACAUGUGGGACUGGAGCCCGCUUCAGACAAAGGAAAUGCGACAAUCCCCCCCCUGGGCCAGGAGGCACAAAUUGCUGGGGAGCAAGUGUGGAGCAUACUGUUUGUGAAAACUUACCCUGCCCUAAGGGAGUGCCUAGCUUCAGGGAUCAACAGUGUCAGUCCCAUGACCGAUACAACUACAAGAAGAAGGGUCCUCUGACAGCUGUCAUUAUUGAUGAUAAGCCUUGUGAGCUCUACUGCUCUCCUCUGGGAAAGGAGUCUCCUGUGCUGAUAGCAGACAGGGUGCUUGAUGGCACACCCUGUGGGCCCUAUGAGAAUGACCUCUGCGUAAAUGGCAGGUGCCAGAAAAUUGGCUGUGAUGGAAUCAUUGGAUCAGCUGCCAAAGAAGAUCGCUGUGGAAUAUGUAAUGGAGAUGGUAAAACCUGCAAGGUUGUAAAGGGAGAUUUCAACCAUACCAAGGGAAUGGCUCUCAAAGACUCCAGUAAGAAAUCCAUAAACAGUGACUGGAAGAUUGAGCUUCCUGGUGAAUUUCAGAUCGCAGGCACCACUGUCCGCUAUGUCCGAAGGGGUCUGUGGGAGAAAAUAUCUGCCAAGGGACCAACUAAAAUGCCACUGCACCUGAUGGUGUUACUGUUUCAUGACCAAAAUUAUGGGAUUCAUUAUGAAUACACCAUUCCUGUAAAUUAUACUGCAGAAAUUCAGAGCGAACCCGAAAAGCUACAGGAUUCUUUAUACAUCUGGACUCAUAGCGGUUGGGAAGGAUGCAGUGUGCAGUGCGGUGGAGGGGAACGCAAAACCAUUGUGUCUUGCACCAAAAUUAUUAAUAAGACAAUGACUCUGGUGAAUGACAGUGACUGUCAGCAUGUGAGUCGCCCAGAACCCCAAGUCCGGAGAUGCAAUUUACAUCCAUGCCAGUCAAGGUGGAUGACAGGGCAUUGGAGUGCCUGCUCAGCAACCUGUGAUAAAGGGAUUCAGCACCGGGAGGUGACUUGUGUUUAUCAAUUGCAGAAUGGUACCUAUGUUAACACCAGAGACCUCUACUGCCUCAGCCACAAACCAACAGCAGUUCAAAGUUGUGAAGGCCGUGACUGCCUUUCCAUCUGGGAGGCAUCGGAAUGGUCAAAGUGUUCUGCUGACUGUGGAGUAGGAACACAGAGGAGAACAGUGACAUGCACCAACUCCCAAGGAAAAUGCGAUCGAACCACCAGGCCAAAAGCAGAGGAGGAGUGUGAAGACUACACAGGCUGCUAUGAGUGGAAAACAGGGGACUGGUCUAAGUGUUCCUCCACAUGUGGAAAAGGCCUACAGUCUCGGGUGGUGCAGUGCAUGCACAAAGUUACUGGGCGCCACGGCAACGAGUGCCCCAUCCUAUCUAAGCCAGCAGCCUAUCGACAGUGCCACCAGGAGGCUUGUAACGAGAAGAUCAAUGUCAACACCAUCACAUCCCCACGACUUGCUGCUCUGACAUACAAGUGCACAGGGGACCAGUGGACAGUAUACUGCAGGGUGAUCCGGGAAAAGAACCUGUGCCAGGACAUGAGGUGGUACCAGCGCUGCUGCCAGACAUGCAGAGACUUUUACGCCAACAAGAUGCAGCAGAAGAGUUAAUGACACUUCUCUCCUGACUAGACUGAACAAUGCCACCCAAUUAUGGAAUUCAAGGACUUGUAGGUCUGAGUACUGGAACUUAAUAAUGACUGAGGGAGGGGUGGAUUCCAAAGCAUAUACAAUUAAGGUGAAAGCAAUUCCAUAGAUUGGUUAUACCAAAGCUAUCCAUCCCUCACACACAUGACACGGUCAUCUCAAGAAUUAUUACACAAAAUUUAAUUGUGGAUUGGGCAUCAUCACAUUUGUCAUUAAGCUUUUUACUUAAUAUAUUAUUAAUAGCCACUGGAUGGUUUUUUACAGUAGGAAAAAAAAAGGACAAAAAGUCACUAAGUAAUUAUAGUCUCUAAGGUUGUAUGUUCCUCUAAGGGGAAAACCUCUGGCCAAUAACUUCAUAAAGGUAGAGACGUUAUUUAGCUCUUGAGUCUUGGCUGUCCUUUGGUAUUUUGAAUUCCCAGGGGUUAAUAUACCAGGA